AUGGAGAUGUCUGUAAAGCGCUUGCAUCACAUCUUUUCCUGCACUGCCUUACAAUACAAAUGCAUUGCGUACCCCUGAUUCAUACUUGGAAAACCAUCAAGUUAGGCAAAUAUUGUUAUUGAUUCUCUGUUCUAUUUCAUUUGGUGAUUCAGGGCGAUGGAAAAGGCGUUGCGAAGUUGCUCGGCACGGCCGUUCACGCAUUCCAUACGGCCAGUGAACCCACACAGAGCGACGCAAAUUGUGAUGCAAUGCACAUCUCCUCAAAAUACUCAAGUCGCGGGAAGGAAACAUCGUGUCGUAUUCCUGGGAACGCCCGAGGUCGCUGCGGGAGUCCUCCAGGACCUGCUCUCCGCCGCCCAGAAGCCAGAUGCCGCCUUUGAGGUCGCCCUGGUGGUCUCCCAGCCCGGCAAGCCCAAGGGUCGCGGCAACCGCGCAGUGGCCAUCCCCUCCCCAGUGGAGGCCCUGGCCCGCGACAGCGGCCUGCUGGGGCCGGAUCAGAUACUUUGUCCCGCCAGGGCUAGGGAGGAAGAUUUCCUGCGGCGGCUGGAGGAGCUGCAGCCCGACCUGGCGAUUACGGCAGCGUACGGCAACAUGCUGCCGCAGCGCUUCCUUGACAUCCCCAAGUACGGCACCCUCAACGUGCACCCCUCCCUACUGCCCAAGUACCGUGGGGCCGCACCCGUACAGCGGGCGCUGGAGGACGGGGUCAACGAGACGGGUGUCAGUGUGGCCUAUACCGUACUGGCGUGUGAUGCGGGGCCGGUACUGGUCCAGCAGCGGGUCCCAGUGGACCAGGAUGACACCGCUCCGGAACUGCUUCAGCGGUUAUUUCAGUUGGGUGGUCAACUGCUGCUACAACGGCUACCGGACGUGUGGGCGGGCAGGGGCCCGCAGAUAGCAGUACCGCAGGACGAGUCCCAGGUGCUGCAUGCCGCCAAGCUGAGCCGGGACGAGUCUGUGCUGGACUUCUCCUCCACUCAGGGACACGUGCUGCACAACCGAGUGAGGGCCUUCGCGGGUUGGCCGGGAACCAGCGCCACCUUCCUCUUGCAGGACGAGGCAUCAGGUGAGACAGAGGCGGUAGACAUCAAGAUCGUCAAGACUAGGGCCUCGCCGCCAGCGGCGGCAUCAGAGGCGGCGUACUCGUGGUCUUGGCCAGCCCCAGCCUCAGGGGGUGCCGAGGGGGGCUCGGCAGCGGCAGUUGUGUUUUCCGGGGAUUCCAUGCUGGUUCCUUGCGCCGGGGGGACAUGGCUCGAGGUAUGGCAGGUCCAGCCCCCCACGAAGAAAGUUAUGUCGGUCAAGGACUUUAGAAACGGCCUCCGAGGCAAACGGCUGUUGCUGCCGCCACCACGGCUACCGCCAACAUCGCCCACAACAAAGCCACGGGAGCCAAGCGCUGUGUAACCAAUAAAGUUCCUU